CCCAAAUUUCAGAUUCGGGGCAGACCUAGUGUAGCCGCCAACCCCGAACAGACUUCGCUCGGGGGUCAUAACUCCGAAACCGGAAGUGGUAGACUAACGCCACCUGGCCUAUGUUACUCCCCGGUCGGACCUACCCUUAUACCCCAAAUUUCAGACUCGGGGAAGACCUAGUGUAGCCGCCAACCCCGAACAGACCGGCUUCGCUCGGGGGUCAUAACUCCGAAACCGGAAGUGGUAGACUAACGCCACCUGGCCUAUGUUACUCCCCGGUCCGAGCUUCCCCUAUACCCCAAAUUUCAGACUCGGGGCAGAUGUAGCCGCCAACCCCGAACAGACAGACUUCGCUCGGGGGUCAUAACUCCGAAACCGGAAGUGGUAGACUAACGCCACCUAGCCUAUGUUACUCCCCGGUCUGAGCUACCCCUAUACCCCAAAUUUCAGACUUGGGGCAGACCUAGUGUAGCCGAAUACCCCGAACAGACCGGCUUCCCUCGGGGGUCAUAACUCCGAAACCGGGAGUAGUAGACUAACGCCACCUGGCCUAUGUUACUCCCCGGUCCGAGCUACCCCUAGACCCCAAAUUUCAGACUCGGGGCAGACCUAGUGUAGCCGCCAACCCCGAACAGACAGACAGACAGACAAACGACAGUCACAAAUAUAUAUAUAGAUAUAUCUGUUGUCUACUCUUCCUGGUUAGUUUUAUAAAAUAUGAUACCUGACUCUAAACCCAGGUAGCCACGCAUAUAUUAGUGAAGUAUCAUGGGCAAUGAAAAGAGGACACCGCUUUAUCCACCUUGUCGGCAAUCUUUUAAAGAAUAAAAGAACGUAGAAAGUAAUUCGAACUAUCUGAGACUCCAUCAAUUUACCCAAAAUCUCCACACAAUUUUACCGCAAUCCAUCUCUUAAAUAUCUAAACAGGACCUCUGACAAUAGGGAACCAAGCCGGAAAAUCUCUGAUCUCCAGGUUAACGAACUAACGGUUACACUCUGCAAACCUCAGCCGAAUCCAGUACCCUACAUCUAUUCGAAUCCCCGGUUGUACGUAACAAGGAGUAGGGUCGCCUGUCCAACCUCGUGGGUUUUCUCCGGGUCCUCCGGUUUCCUCCCAAUGCUAAAGACCCCUACGCGCAAGCGAAUUAUUGAAAUAAAAUUAAACCAUAUGUUAGUCCCGAAAUGACCUAGUUUGUGUCGAGUGAACGUUAAACCCCAUUUCUCUCUCUCUCUCUCUCUCUCUCUCUACCCUACCCUAGCCUCGGUUGUAACUACUUUCAAGUUCCCGGAUUACCAACGGCGUCGCCCAUGACGACGCAUUUGAAGAAGGGUUUAUCAUAUACAUAUUUCAAAGUCUGAAGCUGUUUUUCUUUCAGGUUUCUCCGAUUUUCUUUGAACAAGGACAUUUUAGCUCUGAAAAUUCUAACACACUCUUCGAACGACGCAAUUUUGAGAACUUCUUUCUAAAAGCGGCAGGUUUUCAUAAUAAGUCAACCGGUGCCACAUCGCGAUUGUAUAAAUGUAGGUACAUAUCACUUACCGUCAUACAUUCGAGGCUAGAUGUAGAGUACCGGAAUCUGCCUAGGUUUGCGGACUGCAAUGGCUUACUGAACCAUCGUGGCUCCGAUCGACCUAAAAGCCGGAUGAUCUUUGAAUUUAUUUAGUUUGUCACGAAUAUUUAUCGAUACAGGUUCACAUUAGGAAUAAGGUUUAGGAUAUGUAGUAUAAUGGUUCAUAUUUAUACUAGAUUGCAGGAGGUGUAACUUGCAAGUAAGUUUAGUAAGGUCCAGCCUUAUGACCAAUUAAAAAUUUAACAGAACACGAUUUUUAUGGGAAACAAUCUGAUUAUUUACGGAUGUAUAUUUUUUCUAGUACAUCUUGUUUCUUGAUCACCACUUUCACAAAAUGAUAAAUGGAUUGUAGUGGCAACAUCGUCAUUCCGGGAACAAGAUAUUACAGCUUUGACCAGAAUUCCUGGAUGGAAAGUUGUAGUUGUGGCACUGAGACGGGGCGCAAUCCCGACAAUACGAUUAAACAACUGUGUAUAUUUAGACAUUGCCCAACAAAAUCAACUUGGUUAUAAAACAGCAGAUUUCAUACCAGAAGGGAGCUACGCCAGAAAAAAUAUCGGUUAUCUUUAUGCUAUUUCUCAUGGCGCCAGAUUGAUUUAUGAGACCGAUGACAACGUGCGCCUAUGGGGUGGAUUACAACGAUUUGAAUUUAAGACGAUGAUGCGAGGUUUGGUGUAUGCAGGCGAAAACAGUUUUAAUCCCUAUCGCCAUUUUGGCCAACCUACAUUGUGGCCUCGUGGUUACCCAUUAAGUUCAAUAGGAGAGCAAAUAAACAAUGAAUAUAUCUUAAUGCAUGAAUUUAAAACACCCUUAAUCCAACAGGGUAUAAUAUCGAACGAUCCAGACGUCGACGCAAUGUUAAAAUUGAGUCGCAAAACGACAAAAGCUCAUUUUAACGUUACGUUUGAUACCAGAGCGCCACCUGUGAUUUUACCAGCUGGUGUGUUCUCUCCCUUUAAUUCCAAAGACACACUCUUCCUAUACAAUGCUUUAUGGGCACUAAUGUUACCCACAACCGUGACAAAUAGUGAGACAGAUAUCUGGCGCGGAUAUUGGGUCCAGCGACUUUUAUGGGAAAUUGAUGGCAAUUUGGGAUUUUUUCCACCCAAUGCUGAUCACACGGAUAGCGAACAUACUUCUUUAGAUGAGGCUGUCGUCGAUGAAAAACGUGUUUAUUUCCAAACGGAAGAUGUGAUAAAGUUCUUAAGACAAUGGCAAUGUCCUCGGGAUUUUACAUUCUAUGAUUGUAUUAUGAGACUCAGUAGUGGAAUGGUGAAUCAUGAUUUCUGGGACUAUAGUGAUUAUGAUUUGGCAAAAUCAUGGCUGAAUGAUCUGAAAGCAGCAGGAUUUGUGUUGCCGGAAAGACGCAGACCCAAACCCAAUUUUCAUAUGCAGUCUAUUUUCCAAAAUAUCAGCUACAGUAAUUCAGCGGUUUCUAAAGACGUCCAGGAACCCAAGGCUGUGUUUUUUUGGCCUUCUGAACAGAAUCCACCUUCAUUAUAUUCCAGUGCUCCGGAAACCAAUGGUAUGUCAUUGAAUCACAUAGACAGAGUGGUUAAAAUGUGUUCAGAUGUUCAAGUCUCCAUCUCACACGACAUGUUUGAAACACACAAACAAUACGAGGACAUAUUGUUAAUAAUAGUGUUCAAUUUCCCACAUUUAUAUAACAUCGAUUAUUUACAGACAUUAUACAGUAUUCAUUUCCCCCAGAUCUUGUUUUGUGCAAACGAUUCUACACAAUUUGUAGCGGCUUCAAAAAAUCUAAAACAAAGGGUGAGCUUCGUUAAAACUUAUACCAUUCAAGGUAUCCUGAUAUAUAAUUGUCUAAGCCAUGCAAUAGCUAUGAACUAUGACGUCAGUGGUUAUAUCAUUAUGGGUGAUGACGUACUACUCAAUACUUGGAAUAUAGCAGAUCUACCAAAAGAUAAAUUUUGGUUUCAAAAAUCUCUGCAAGUUUUUAAUAAGUCAGAUUCUUAUGAACGAAAUCGUUGGAUUUGGUGGAGACGAAGAUGUGGAAAAAAGGCGUACAAUAAUUUGUUCAACUUUCUACAAACGAUCCCAUCUCUUAAUCCUGAAAAAGCACCUAUAAUCCAUGACUUUACUAAGAUGCUUAAAAGUAAUACACAAUCGGACGAUGGACUUUUACGAGCUGUGUCGGAUUUUUUAUAUGUACCAAAGCGUUUUCAGGACCGUAUGUUAUACUUUUUAGAAAUCUUUUCCCGACAUGGGGUGAUGUUGGAAUUGGCGCUACCUACUGUAAUGGGAGGAUUGGAUCACCGCAAAAAUAUUGUGCCCGUGCGUGGCGUCGUUUUAUGGUACGAAAAACGUUUGAACUACACAACCAGUUUCAACCCAUCAAGUCAUUUUAUGCACCCAUUGAAGUUAGGCAUAGAAAUGAAAAAGGAGAAAGGUUGGCGUUUUGUUUGCUCACGUGUUAUCCCAUUGAUGUUGCAUGGGGUAUCAAAAAAGAAUUAAUACACUGAUGUGUCUGAGAGAGAGAGAGAGGGAGAGAGAGAGAGAGAGAGAGAGAGAUGUGGUUUAACAUCUACGAGCCGAAUGGUUAGCACGUGCGCGUCGUAUCAUAAGGUCUGUCAUUGAGUCAACUGGCGUGGUUUCGAUUCCCCGACUGUACGUGACAGUAGUGUCGCUUGUCCAACCUCUCUGUUCUGAGAAAGACCUUAGAAAACAUUCUCAAUUACAAAUGAUUGUUAUAGUCUAUAAAUAACUUUAAUGGGUUUAACUAUGCUAAAAUAUUUUACUUUGUAAUGGUAAUAUCUAUGCUCACGUAUUUUAUUUUGUAAUGGUGAUAUCUAUGCUAAAAUAUUUUAUUUUGUAAUGGUGAUAUCUAUACUCACAUAUUUUAUGUUGUAAUGAUGAUAUCUAUGCUCACAUAUUUUAUGUUGUAAUGAUGAUAUCUAUGCUCACAUAUUUUAUUUUGUAAAGGUGAUAUCUAUGCUCACAUAUUUUGCUUUGUGAUGGAGAUAACUUAUAUGCUCACAUAUUUUAUUUUGUGGUGGUUUUAACUAUGCUCACAUAUUCCGUUUUGUAAUGGUGAUAACUAUGCUAACAUAUUAUGUUUUGUAAUGGUGAUAACUAUGCUAACAUAUUAUUUUUGUUAACUAUGUUUACAUAUUAUGUUUUGUAAUGGUGAUAACUAUGCUAACAUAAUAUUUUGUUUUGUAGUGGUGAUGACUAUGCUCACAUAUUAUGUUUGGUAGUGGUGAUAACUAUGCUAACAUAUUAUUUUUGUAAUGAUGGUGACUAUAUAUAUGAUAACAUAUUAUGUUUUGUAAUGGUGAUAACUCUAUUCACAUAUUUUGUUUUGUUAGGUUGAUAAUACGCCCUUCUUCAUUAAGCCCGUUCUGACAUUAAACCCUCUUUCUCUAGA